UAUAUUUUCCCCACAUAUGCCAAAUGAAUUGAAUCCUGGCAUUUGACAACCACCGAGACAGGAACUUUCUUUGCUGUCUGGGAAGAGAAGAUAGUUCUCCUUUUCAAGGUCCUAUGACUAUGACUGCAAGCACUUAUAGUGUCUAUUAAGCCCAUAAACUGCAUUAUAGGAAAGCAAAGCAUAUGACUACAUGCUCCUACAAAGAAAAUAUUUGUAGUGUUUUGGGCUGGGUCUUACCGUUAAGUAGAGUGCUUAUACAUCUGUAAAGGGGUUGGAGGAAUGUGAGAUGAUGCACAAAAUGUAACUCAUUCAGCAAGAUGUCUAACCUGUCUGGUUGAUAUGGGUUGGGCACAAUUUGAUCAUCCUUUUAUGGUCAAAACCACAUCCAUUCACUCCUGCCUCUUCCAUGGUAUAAAAGAGGUCUGGAGGGUUCAUAAAGUCACUUGGCUGAAAACGUCUAGGCGGCAAGUCAUCCUCACAUUGAGGUCUUCUGGCUCUGGAAACACCUCUAGCUCAGUCUUCUUCAUCAUGAAACUCAGACCCAGUGCCACAACGUUCUGCUCCAGGUCCAGGCCACCUCACAACCUCCGGGUGUUGCUGCUGCUGUCGUUGCUCCUCGCUGCGCUAGUUCCCACUACCACUGGACAAUCUCAUGUCAAAGAUCCAUAUCUGGAAAUGCGCUGUGUAUGCUUGAACUCAGUCUCUGGAAUUCAUCCCAAUGGUAUAAGCACUUUGGAGUUGAUCAGACCGGGAGCCCACUGUGACAAAGUGGAAUUGAUAGCUACACUGAAGGUUGGGAAGAAAAUCUGCCUGGAUCCUACAGCUCUUGGAGUCAAGAAAAUUGUCAUGAAACUGUUGGAAGGUUAAUCUGUUGCUUCUUAAUCUGUUGGCUUUCUGCCAAAUCAUUUUGAUGUCCAGGAAACCUAGGAUUUUGAGAUUUUGAUUUUCUAGAGUCAUUUCUUAUUAUGAAAAUGUAUAAUUUUACAUUUUGUCUCAGAAAUUGUGUUUUAUUUUGAGAACAUUGGUUAAAAGAUGAUACAAAGAAGAUAAAAUGAGUAAAAUGAGUGAAUCUCUUUGUAACAUAUAAUUUACGGUUUAUUAUGUAAAUCUUGACUAAACAAUGUGUUUUGCAUUUCUUUAUUUGAAGUUUUCUUUUCAAACACAUUCAUGUCACAUUUUCUUUCUGUAUUUUAUUUUUAGGAUAGAUGCACACAUGGUGAUUAAUAUGUUUCACAAUGGGAUCUCACAGAGACAAUCAUGGCACAUUAGCUCAGCAGAUGCUUUUUCAAAAAUUUAGGCAUUUAGAGGUUUUUCAGUGUCUUAGACCUAGAAUUCCUGGUUUCAAAGCAAUCUCUGACACAUUUUCUGGUAUUUAUUCUAACCUUCAAACCUUCACCAUAAUAAAGUU